AUUUCUGAGAUUACACGUUUUGUUAAUAACGGUUCAGAGCAGCCCUAAAUAGAUUUGUUAUUUUUACUUUUUAUAAACUACGCCAUCAAAUGCAACACUAGAAUGCCCAAGUCGGACACACUCCCUUUGCCUCUUUUGCACACAAAACCGCGCGCACACGCACCACCUUCGUGUUUCAUCUAUUCCUUCCCGAGACGACUGAGAUCUUCUAUGAGCCCAUCGUUCGGGACGUUUUUAAGGAUUUUCAUUAACAGACGAAGCAUUGAUACCGUCAAGGACAUAUGGGUAGCAAGCCUAGAAUGCUGCAAAGCAAUGAGACCGAAGAAUCAGUCCUGUAAUGUAAAGAUACAACCAACUACAGAACGUUAUAUUACGACAUCCUCAAGCGCUGCACAGGUUGCAGAAUCUUCCCGAAAUCGUGCAGCCCUUAGAAAUAAUAUAGGCUAAUAUUUAUGUUGUCCUAUUGUACCUUGUUGCGAGGAUUCUGCUGGAAUUGAAGCUGCAGACUUCGCGUGGGACGUUUGUAUUUGAUCUCUGCGGGUUAUUCUCCCCUACGAAGACCAGGGAUUACUUCUGUACGCGGAUAAAUGGAUAUGGAAUAAUAAUAAUAACAACACGUCGACGAGAUGACCAGGAGUUGAACUGCAGUGCUGCAUAAGCUAUAACUUUUCUGGGGGUGGGGGGGUUGGCAGUUUCGCUUCGAAAUGGAUGAGUUUCAUCCAUUCAUUGAGGCCCUACUGCCGCAUGUGCGUGCCUUCGCCUAUACCUGGUUUAACCUGCAGGCGCGUAAACGCAAGUACUUCAAGAAGCAUGAAAAGAGAAUGACCAAGGACGAAGAGCGGGCAGUGAAGGAUGAGCUACUGGGGGAAAAGCCAGAGGUGAAGCAGAAGUGGGCCUCACGUCUUCUGGCCAAACUUCGCAAGGACAUCCGUCCUGAGUGUCGCGAGGACUUUGUGCUGUCUAUCACGGGGAAGAAGCCUCCCUGCUGUGUCCUUUCCAACCCAGACCAGAAGGGGAAAAUGAGAAGGAUUGAUUGCCUGCGCCAGGCCGACAAGGUUUGGAGGCUGGACCUUGUCAUGGUCAUCCUGUUUAAGGGCAUCCCGCUGGAGAGCACGGAUGGAGAGCGCCUGGUCAAGGCAGGGCCGUGCAACAACCCCAUCCUCUGUGUCCAGCCAAACCACAUCAGUGUCUCAGUCAAGGAGUUAGACCUCUACCUGGCCUACUUCGUACAAGAGAGAGAAUCAGAGCAGAGCAGUAGCCCACGCACAGGUAUUGGCUCGGAUCAGGAGGAUAGCCGAGCGGCCACCAUGGAUGCUCCUGAAUUUCAGGAGAGCUUUGUGACUUCAGGAGUUUUUAAUGUAACAGAGUUGGUGCAAGUAUCCAGAACUCCUGUGGUGACAGGUGCAGGCCCUAACUUCUCUCUUGGGGAGCUGCAGGGGCACCUGGCCUAUGACCUUAACCCUUCAGGGGUGGGGAUGAGGAGAACCCUGCCCAGCACCUCCUCCAGCGGGAGUAAGAGGCACAAGUCUGGCUCCAUGGAGGAUGAUGUUGACACAAGUCCUGGGGGAGAGUACUACACCUCUCCUAACUCCCCCGCAAGCAGCUCCCGCAACUGGCAGGAGGACCUGGAAGGAGGCAUGUCACCUGGGGUAAAGAAGACAGAGAUGGACAGCCCUUCUCCUCAGGAGAGCUCCCCUCGCCUCGGCUUCACACAACACCACCGGCCCGUCAUCGCAGUGCACAGUGGGAUCUCUCGGAGUCCGCACCCCUCCUCGUCUUUGCACUUCCCCACCACCUCCAUCCUGCCCCAGUCCACCUCCUAUUUUCCCCACACUGCCAUCCGCUACCCACCACACUUAAGCUCACAAGACCCGCUGAAGGACCUGGUCUCCUUGGCCUGUGACCCGUCCAACCAGCAGCCCAGCCCUGUGAGUCCAGCCCAUCUAACAACUCUAACUAGGGCCCAGAGUUUGUCCUGGUCAGGUCAUGUGUUGAAUGGUAGUGGUCAAGUUAAGGUGCCCAGUCACUACAUCUCCUCCCAGAUGCUGGCACCUCCACCGCCCCCCGGCAUGCCCCGUCUGACGCUGCCCUCCGACUCCAAGUCUAGCACCACCACCUCUGACGGGGGAACCAACUCCCCCACGUCACCCAGUAAGUGGGCCGCUGCAUACUCAGCACCUGGGACGCCCCCUGCCAACCGCUCCUUUGUGGGGAUUGGACCUCGAGACCCUGGUGGACUUUACCAAGCACAGUCUUGGUACCUGGGGAACUAAACAAAAGUCUACGUGAAAGGGGCAUGGACAAAUGGAUUUGAGAUUCUACACUUUUUGUGGAAUAAGGAAAAUUGUAAACAAGAUGCAAGAGGGAAAAUGUAUAUAUAUACAGUAUAUAUACGGUAUAUAGUAUAUAUAUGGUAUGUAUAUAUACAUAUAUAUGUGCAUAUAUAGUUAUAUAUGUAUAUCAACAUUAAAGAUGCUUCAACAAAACUUUAUGGAAUAAAAGACUGCGGAAGAGAGAGUGAGGCCCAGGACAGAAAGAAGAAAAAAGAGAAGAGGAUGUUUGGGCAGCCAAAACGAACUACGGGGCAGAGACAAAUGACCCCCCCUCCCCCCGCUACAGGUGCUGCUUGCUCAUAUAUGCAAAAUAAGUAUCCUUUAUUUUCUUAAUCAACAAGAAAGAGGAGAAUCCAGUUUGAUUUGUUUCACUUUUCCACACUUCUUUAUAAGUAAGGAUGGGAGGCUGGUCAGACACGGUCAAAACCUCCCUUUACCCAGAGUUUAAAUAUACUUUUCAUUCAGUUUUAUUGACAAUCACGUAUCUGUCAGUUACUUUUUUGAAAGAGGGGGAUCCUUUUAAGAUUUCAUUUAACACAGUACAUUUUCUAUAUUCCUUUCAAAGCAAUGAUAUUAUUUUCUCUUCUAUGGGGCACAGUGAUAGUAGGUACACACAAUCAAAAGGGUCAGGCUUUAGACCGGUAGAAAUCACUAGGAGCAGACAGUUAACGAUCUGUGUUAAUCUUCAUGAUAGCUGAGCGUGAGGCCCUUUUGUGCCUGUCAAACUGUUUGUGUAGACAUGUUUGUGUGCGCACAUGAUUCAAACAUCAUGAUAUCCUCUUCCUGUCCCUGCCCCACUCCUGAGACAAUAUUGCAUAAUGUUUUGAUUCAUGUAGUCAACAGCUGUUUAUUCUGCGAAGCGACAAAGGGAGUAAACGUGUUCUGUCACUACUGAGACAGUAUUGGGUUUUAGAGGAUUCUUUUUUUAUGUUUGUAUGUGCUAGUUUAAAUUGCAUUGGACAUUACAGGCAUUGCACUAUUAAGUCAUAUUUUUCCUUUUUAAUUGCCAUCUUUUGGCCUAAGCAUAUGAAACGCAGCAAGACAGAGGUAGAUCUUAGGAUAUUGUUUUAGAGUGUUUUGUGUUAUUUGGUAGCAGGGUACAUGUGCUAUGAUUUUUGGCUUUCUUGAGCUUUUGAUUAGGAUCAGAAAAAUCUAACCCUAUCGUUUUUUUGAUUUGGUCACCUAGAGGAGGUUUCCUUGUGUAUGUUGAGGUACAGGGAAUCCAGACAGGUUUAGGUUAUCACACCAUUUUGGCUCUUGUUCGGCAUUCUGUGUAUCUUAGUCAUCUUUAUAAUUUUACUCAUGCUGUCUUUAUAUAAUCAAAAACGAAAGUAAUUUAUGAUUGUCUUUUUUAAGCAGAUCACAGACUUUGAGAAUGUGAAUGAUUUAAUCAUUAGAUAUGUGGCUAUAAAGGUAAUUAUUGAUAGUGCACCCUCUGGCCCCAGACUACUUGUUGCUAGGCCAACAUCAAUGCAUGUUUCCAUUUGUGCAUAUGGCAUGAUUCUGGCUCAUUGAUGAGAGGUGACUGACUAACCAGCAUUGUCCAUCACCAGGCUUUUUUGCCACACAUUUCUUUACUGGUUUUGGCCCUGUCUCGUUUCUGAUGCAACGCAAAGUUUUUGACAAACUUUGUUGCAUUAUGUUUUGGGAUGAAUGCUGAUUCAUAUUAAUACAUUGAAAACAACAUCAGGGCUUGAGACUGCUCAACCAAACCCAAACCAUGUAUACAGCCAUGAAAAGUGCCUAAGACAUUAGCAAGUUAUUUCAUUUCUUUGUAUUUUUGUUUUUGCUUAUUUGAAGUACUGCAAGCCUCAAUGAGCUCUAGGCAACACAACAGAAGGGGUUGGAAAGAGAUGUCUGAUGCACAGAGGGCUGGAAGAUACAGAGAGCUCAAAGCCCCAACCCGUCUCAAGCCAAAUACACCGUCCAUGUGUUUUUCUGAGCACAGGCUUCUUGGUUGUCGGCUGGGGACAAGCCAAGGAAUGACACAACCAUAAAAUCCUGUUAUCAGCAAUGGCAUAAUUAAAUCAACAUAUCAAAGCUAUAUAUACAUAUAAAACUGUAUAUAUAGAUGCAGAUAUUUCUCAUCAAGACAGAAACACUUCUACGGAAUAAUGUCCAUACACGCUGGUUAUGAAAAGCUAACCAUUAAAUAAGGCUUUGCAAUGGCAAACUUAAUUUGUGGUGAGUGUUACAAUUCACAUCUGUUAUUUAUGAACAAAAUACUUACAAUGACUUGUUUUAAAGGUGCUGAUUCAAAAAUACUGAUAUAUAUUAAUGCAUGGUGCUUUCAAAAGAAAGUCAUGAGAUUCUAGCUCUUGACCACCAUAAUGCUGACUUCGGUGCAUGGCAGAAACUCUUACUACCCUUCUAAAGCUGACUGCCCAUCCCCCUGUCCCCCAUAGCCCCACUUCCCUUUGAUCUAUGGAACAGAGAGCAAAUAACCCAUAGUACUGGUGGGUUCUUCUUACCUUUUUACCUAUUUGUUUUGGAUUUUUAUUCCAUAUUGUUAACUUCUAUUUUGCACGAUAUUUUAUAUAACACAUUAUGUGCCUUGCCUUUAGUUAAGAACAAUAAUACACGAUACAAAUAAUGUCAAUUCAUUUCUCUUUUGGUAUAACCAGUAACACUGCAAAAAAGACAAAAAACAUUGCUGCAUGUUUGAUUGCUUGUCAUUAUACAGUUUAGAUGAUUACAGUAGUAGAUACAAGUAGUGACAUAUUGGGAUUUUUGAGAUGGGGUCUUUAUACCCUUUUCCCUUCUGUGGUUAUAAUUCAGUAGUAUUUGUCUUUCCAUCACAUGGAACCCUUGCUGCAUUUGAAUCUUGUUCAUUUCUUUGUUUGUAUUGACUAUUGUUUUUUUCCCUCUCGUUAUGUCUUCCAGCUUGGUGUAAUAUGUGAAAUAUGCAAUUCUUCUUUUCUCUGCUCAGCAUUUGCUGAAGUUGUAUUUUGAUCCCUUUUUAAAGCUACUUUUUAAUGAUAAAGAAUGUGCAGUAAGAAUUAGAGAAAGGUUCUGAUUCAUGAUGGAUUUUCCCCUUUUGGUUAAGUUGAUCAACUCUGCGACUGGAUGUCAGGGCUAGAAAGGGCAGAGAACUGUGAGGGUUGUGUUGAAGGUGACCAGUGAUCGGGCUCCUAAUAUGGAACAAAGCUGUGAAGCACUGAGCUGAGCUAACAUUUCCCCCAGCACUAUGGGAACUUCUGCCCCUGCAGACACUAUUUUUGGCACCAAAUGACUAGUGCUGAAUAUGGGGUACAUUUAGUGCCCCUACUUUGUUACAUUACAGUAGGUGUAAUUCACCUGUAUACAUAAGCAAGUCCAAGCACUUUAAAACCGUUCCAAAAGCAACAUCAGAAAAUAAUGAAUCAAUCCAUAUAUUAGGACAAGAACAACCAUGCGGAAUUGUUUAGGUUCAGCUGACAUUUUACACACAACAUUUUUUAAAUAGAAUGUUUUUUUAUUAUGUAAUGUGUCAAUGAUCAGCAGAGCACAGUGCUUCACACCUCUGUUUAUGUGUAUGUUUGUGUAUAAGAGCAGAAGAGAGAGAGAGAGAGACAGUUAUUGCGAGUGCAUGUUUGGCUAGGUAUUCUCACCUACCAUGGUACUUUCCGGUUCUCAGAUUGCACAUGCAUAGAUCUCACUCUCUACCUCAUUGCUAUCAUCUAAUGGCAAAACAGACAGAGGUUGCGGUUUGUAGGGGAAAGGAGCAUAUACAAUAAGGAUAACAUUGGAGGACAGAAAAUGAAAGGAGAGUGAGAUGAAAAUAUGGGUUAUUUGAGGAAUCUGAGGAAAUUGCCUAAUGGGAGUAGAAAUGUGAUACACAAUAAAAGAAUGCUGUGAGAUGCAAUUAUUACAUUUAAAACCUCCUCUCCCAGUUGUAUAACUUGAUAAGCAAUCUGUGAUUAAGAUUUACAUUUUUGCAUCUCACUGCAUUUUCCAUGGGGUUAGGGAGUCAAAUUUAUUCACUGGGAAUAUGCAAAAUAUCUGGAUGGUAUUUUAGUAAAUGAUCAAAAAUCUAUUAAAAACAUUUCAUAACACUGGUUACAAUAGAAUGUUAAGCUUUAUGUACCAUGUGUAGAUUAUAAUUUUCAUGGUGAUUUAGUGUUUAGUGGAAUUGUUUUGCUUCUCCUCAUUUAGGUCCAUUGUGUGGAAUAUACAAAUCCAACUUAUGUUGUUUUGAAUAUUAGCCCUAUACUUCAGAAGUAUAGACUGACCUAGUCAGAAUCAAUGUAUAAAGAAUGAAAAAAAAUCUAAAUCUGUUCAUAGCUGACUUGCCGAGUAAAAAAGAAAAAAAUAUAUUUUACUGAAAUAUGCCAAGAUGCUUCAUUAGUUUUUUUUUCUUAAUUAGAGGGCAGAUUAUAAUUUAUAAUUUCUUACUGUGUAGUGUAAUGGGAGUAUAUUGAAUAUGAGAGGAUAUUGUGUAUUUUUUUUCAGCAGGGUCAGAAAAGGCCAUGUGAAAGUUUGUUAUGCAGUGUACAGUAUUGUUUCUGCAAUGGAUAUUGCAAUGCUGGUAGCUAUUAAGAUUUUGCUGGUAGCUAUUGAGAGUUCAAGUAAAAUGGCAGAACAAGAGGUAUUGUUUACAUGCCCAUUUUAAGAUCUUGGCGUUGGCGGUUUAUUUGUCCCGGUCCAAAGUCCCAGGUUGAAGUGGAGUGCUGUAGCAAAGGCAUUCCAUCAAAUCCAUAAGAUUCACAAGCAAACAAAAUGCUGCCAUCAUUCAGCAAGCAAUUUUCUAUUUGUUAAACAGGACAUGUGGUGAGGCAAGCGCCUGCUCCUGGUUGAGGAAUGCCCACUGUAUGCGUUACAGCCAUGGGUUCUAUCAUGCACUUAGUGAAGGCCAACUGGCAUGUUAACCUUACACAACGUACAGUCAGUAGGCUAGUUGGAGGACAAGGCCCGUAAUAAACUCAUUCCACUUGCCUCCUAGUUUAAAAUUUCCCAUUCCCCUUACUGUUCUAGUUAUGAAGGCUCCAAAGUACACACAUUUGGUAGCACUGGACAAAGCCUAAUCUUACUGUAUCAUACUAGGGCAUUUAAAAAUAUGAAGUUAUUUUGAAUAUUGGUGGAAAUAUUUCCCCUCCUUUUCGAACAGUGCAGCAGCAGUAGUGUACGCUGGAGCCUCAUGACAUGUCCUGUGAAGAUUUGCACUGCUCCACACUCACCUCUCCAGUUCAGUUGACCCUCCAGCCUGGGUCUGACUAGGGCACAUAGGGACAGGGGUCCGACGCCACCGUAGUCUAGCCAGCACAGUUGUUUUGCAAUAGGUCUUCAGCACACCGUCUUAUUUUUUCCAUUUGCUUUUUGUUACUAAACUCAGCUAUACAGUAUAUAUUAUUAUGACACAGACAGAUGCUUUUUUUGAGGAGGGUGUUAUCCCCAUACACUUUUUAAAGUGGCCACAGGUGAUGGUUGGACUUACUCUGGAAUACAUUUAAUAUGAUUUCACUAUUUUACACAUUUAUAUUAGAUGGUGCCUCACACUGAAAACAGAAAAUGUCCAUUAAGAAAAUCUAAUUCUUGGUUUGGUUUUCUUCAGUACAGUCAUUACAAACUUCUGUUAACUUUAGCCACUGCUAGCUAAAACUCACACUCCCCCCAUUACUUCCAUGGGUUUUUAGCUGCUUAUCUGUAAUGCUUUUAAUGGCUGUUACAAAAAUGACCAUGGAUUGCAGUUUCUCUUGGCCCAUAAACCUCUUUCAGGGUAAGGAACUAUCUAACUUGCAGUUGUAAAGUUGUGAAAUUCUCAUUGAAUAUGCAUUAAAUACUAAUGCAUGUAAAACAUUAUCUUCUUUUGAAACCCUUACUAAUAUUUAUGUAGUGAUUAUUAUAUUGUGAUUAUUGUAGGAUUAUUAAAUUUCGGACACAUUAGGCCUAUCCUGUGUAUAAAUGCUUACAGUAGCCUAAAUCACUGAGAAUGAAAAAGGCAAAAUGUAUAUAAUUUUUCUUCUUCUGUUUUGUAUAAGAAAGUGCGUGUUUGUUUCUGUUUGUUUAAAUUUAGUUGUCAUAAGCUUGUGGCCAAGCCACAAAAUAUAAGACUUUCUUCUUAGAGAUCUGCUGUGGGUGGUGUGAGCUCACCACCGAUGCUGCAUGUCUUUUUUUAAGAAGGUAUCUGUAUUUGGGAUUAUCAACCAUGAAACUUGGACUUCGGUAAUUUCAGCAUCACUUGUCGUCAUUUUAAACAAGCCAAAAGCUUCAGUAAGCCUCAAGGGGAUAUGCAAAUUCCAUUGCCAUUUAUUUUUCAUUUAUUCCAUAAUUCAUUUGCAAUACCAGUUCUGCACUUCUUUUUAUUUUAACUUUUGUUGUGCAAGCUUCAAGAUCUCAAACAAUCAAUCUCCAUCUAUAUGGAAGUUUGCACUAGAUAACCUGGUAUUUUUUUAGGAAACUUUUACAAAUGUGCAUCUCUGGAAAUAUUUCCGAAGCUCAACCUUAGUAAUGCUGAGUGUGAGAGAGAGAUAAAGUGAGAAAACAGCUGCUUGUAACAACCUAAGAAUAUUGUUUGCCAUACUAUGCCCCUUUUAACGUUGACAGAACGAAGUGACUGUAUGACUUGAACAUCCACUCAUUUUUCGACAUCCAUUGGGGAUGUUGAAUUAGAUUGUGUAAUUCAAGCUUGUAAAAGUAUCAGAUCAGUCCUACAAAAUCAAUGACAGGGCUGACAGUCAGAUAAUUUUUGCCGGAGUCCAUUCAAGCUGUGUGGCUGCAGUCAUUGUGUUUGUUUUGUCUGAGGGUUUGGUCAGGAAAGGCAUGUGUACAGAUGAAGCACAGUCCUCUUGAAGUGCUGGUGUGAGGCCCCACACUGCUUUGAGUGCCUUUCUUCUAGCAGGCCGCAUUGUUGUGAACAAUACUAGUUCUACUCAAGAUUGCACUGCUCUACUCAACCCGGAGACUGGCUUCUGAUAUGAUGUACGGUUAUGGGAGGUGUGCGUGUGUGUGUGUGCGUGCGUGUGUGUGUGUGUGUGUGGUAGCAUGCAGGUAGUAUCAGCUUGUAAAAAAAGAAGAGAAGUCUUACACAUGGUAACACCACAACUCUGAAGAUUGACUAAGGUUAUUUACUAUACUGGCCCUAGAUUUCCUUCACACGUUUUAAAUGUACAAUAUAUUUAGAUUUGAAAUAUUGGUUUUAUAGUCUGUGCAACUAUUAAUUUGAAGAAAUAUGAUUUCUCCCUAUGCAAUUAAGGGCUGGUAUACUGUCAGGGUAAAGACCUGGAAAUCAGAUACUUCUAAAUAUUUAUUCAUAAAUAGUUACCAUUAGCAAUUCCUGUUUAACUCUCAAGUAAAUUUUGUCAAAAAGCUGAAAUAAAAUCAGUCAUAAGUGUAGGAAAUUCAGAGUUGUUUGUGAAAUCUUUUGGAAAAUAAGUAGAUAAGGAUCCGAUCAAAUUUCAGAAGUUAUGAUUUUACUUUAAUUGUAUUCUCUUUUUUCUUUCCUCCUGUAUAAUCCAUUAGUGUUGUUUUGAAUACAAGCUGAGGUAAGCAGUCCCCAUAAUCUUUUUGUUACUGUAUGAAGAUACAUUAAGCACAGAAUGAAGGCCAGCAACAACUUUCAGACAGGUGUCUCAACAACUUAUUUGUGUUAAAAUGUGCUUAUGUAACCGUUUUUCUUCUAAUUUUGGGUCUCGUUAUUUUAUUUUCAACAAACCAGCAGGUAAAAAAGCUAAACUUACAUUAUGUGAAUACUGAAUACCAAAAACAAUUUCAACAAGCAGUGCCUGUCAUUUUACUGCAAGUUUUAUUUCAUUUAUUUUCUGCCAUUGCCCUUUUCAAGCUCCGAUGUACAACAUUUUUGUACUUUAAGCAGCUGGGGUCAUUCUGACUUUGUGUGGGACUAUGUUUCAUGCCUGAGCCCAACACUCAAAAUGGCUUCUGCUACUAGUUUUCCACAUAAACUGUCACAGUAGGUCCUUCGAUACUGGAAGGUAAAGGGCACCCACUGGCCAAUGGCACUGAUCAUUGGCUGUGGAGGUGAAAAGCCAUACAAACCAAGUGCAGUUAUGGAGAUCUGUUUGUAUUAUUAAUAAUCCAUAUCACAGAUUCAUUGACAUGUAAAAACCGGGAAGCCCCCCCCCCACACACACACACACACUCAUAGUGGGAUGAACAAGGCAACAUUUUAUUUCCUCAAGUGAUCUUUAACUGCUUAAGUCCACUUGGUGCCCCAACCCUUUCUUGACAAUUGAUUUAUUUAAAUAUUUCUUUGCAUGUAUGUUGAUUAAUUCUUUAAGCAUGCUGUUUUCUCAGCGGGACGAAGAUUGAUUAGUUGGGUGGAGAAAGGAAGCGAUAAAGAUUUUUCUCAGAGAGCAUUCUUAUGCAGUGUUACAUUUUAAGGAUUUUUGUUUUUCUCAUUAUUCUUUACAAAUAUUACCAUAAUAGUUAUUCAUUAAUCGCUUGCUUGCUGCACAGACAUGCACACUUCACACCAGGAAAGAGCAUGUGGAGAUUUAGUUCUGACACAUCUGGUAGAAUAGAGCAGAAAACAGCUUCAUAGCACACAUGGAUCACUUUGAACUGCUUGUGAUUAUAUUUUAUUUUUUGAAACUUUUAAUAAAAAAGUAUCAGCAAAUGUCGGUAAUAACUUUUCUGCUAAUUAUGUGAACAGACUCUCGUACAGGAUAACUAAAUUUGCCAUGUGUUUUUGAACUGGUGUGGGGGAAAUUUACAGCUUUGACAAUAUUUCAUUAUAACAUUGUAUUCAGCCAUCGCUGUUAGCAAUUGCUCAUAAAUACAUUACUGGAAGUGAGUAUGUUUCCCUAUGCAAAAAAAAUAUAAAAAGAAUAAACAAGCUAUGCUACAACUCA